CCCUUGAUCAGCACCAUGCAGCUGCUUCUUCUUUCUUGUUCUGACAAGACUCAGCUUUUGAAACUUCCAGAAUCAUGACAGCAUGGAAACUUCGCAAGCGACGAUUGCCCAAAGAUCGUACAGCGGAUGCCGCACCUGUCGACAGAGAAAGGUCAAAUGCGAUGAAAGUCGUGACGAUAUUGGCCGAUGCGGGUCUUGUUCCCGUUUGAACCGACCAUGCGACUGGACUCGGGAAUGGAAAUUCAUUGACACCAGUCGUUCUGUUGAAAAGCAGUAUGUCGUGCUGGGAAAAAGACCAGACCGGAAACCAAAAGGAUCAAAGACUGGUAUCAAUUCUGGACCCAAGAACACCGCCUUGAUAUCUGCUCACGCGACAAGUCGCAAUGGAUCAUGUCCGCCUUGCGAAGCUGUUGGGGACCCAAACGAAUCUCGACCUCUGAUGUUUGUCAAUUCCUUCUCGAACGACUUGGCUGCAACGGAGAGACCUGAAGAGCGACCGCCAACCAAACAAGGACUUGUCAAAAGCUCGAAUCGCACUUCUGAUUCUUCGUCCGAAGAUUCCGAUACACAGUCGGUCGACUUGGUCCAGUUGAACCGGAUACCAUCAGACCUGAUGAAUUAUGGUACACGUGCACGCGACAAUGCAAUACAUCCACUGCUUUUCGACACGGUUGUUUGCCGAAAAAUCAUGCCUAUGGCUGUGCGCUUCAAACUCAACAUCGAAGACAAUGAGAAUGUCUUACUCUCUACUUCGAGGAAUUUUCUCCCACUUCGCCAUGCCAUUUGUGCGAUAACGCUGCUCAACAGUGGGAUGAAAAGCCGUCCAGAGCUUAUCGCUGGGUCCUUCCAGCACUACGAUCAAGCUAUCACCGCCUGUCGGUCAUUGUCACCUUCCGCCAGUCCUGAGGCUGUGUUCUUUUUGCACUUUAUCCUUCUCAUGUACGAUAUCGCGUGUGCAUCUCAACGAUGGCCAGAGGAUCGCAGUUCCUGGUCCCUGCAUCUGCGAAAACUUGCCAGCUUGGCGCAUGAACCCGCUGGGCCGUCCGUCAGUCGACUGAAAGCUUAUCUAUCUUGGUACGUCCUUCUACUGGAUGCACAAGCAGGCCUUGCCGGCAACUCAGAAGCCGGUCAUUAUACACGUGCGUUCCUCGAGAAUGGCCGCUCGUUACCUGUCUGGCCCAUUUCGCCGAGUCAGCAAAAAGUGCUGUCGACUCCGGAGUCCAUGGACGAGUUCCUCAAAGUACACAAACUAUCCCUGAUCACCUUCGAGAUGUUUGCAGAGCAGAGCCAAGCAUCACUGAAUCUCCGACGUGCUUUCAGAGAGCGACACAUUGGCUUGAAAGAGAGACAACAACACAUACAAGAUUUGUCAAUUCGACACGCGACUGUCUGGCAAGAGAAUUGUCCACCCCAUAUGGAGUCACAAGAAGAUGAGGCUGCGCCAUCACCAGACAGAAGGAUUAUAGCCGGAACAUACAAUUUUGCGCGGCUACAGUAUUCGGUGCUGCAACUCCAUCUACAUACAAGCAUGUAUCCCUACCAGCGACUCGACGGCGACCUAUUCGCAGUGGAAGACACGGAACACUGCACCUAUAUCAUCAACACAGUACGCCAAAGUUUUGUCUACAACGACAGAGAGAAUCACCACCUUGCUCAUGCACUAUUCUUAGCCGGAGCAGCGACCAAGCUUCCUGUUGAAAAGUCAGCGGCAUUGAUGAUGUUACAAGAGAUGGAACAUGCUGGUCUCUCUGGUGCCGUGGCACGAGUAAGACAUGUUCUCGAACUCGUCGUCAGGGAGCAAGCGAAAAGGGAGAUCGCUGGUGGCAGCGCGGACGAAGUCGAUUGGAUCGAGCUGUCACAGGAACAUGGACUCAAAAACGUCGUGUUCGGCAUGUGAUGUUCCUAACACAACUACUCUUGUCGUUCCAAGCGACACUGGCCCAGUUACCAAGGGAUUAGCAGCACCUUGACCUCGGCAUUGCAUAUGUACCAGAUGACCCGAAGUAAUCAUAAUUUUCUACACUUCAGAUUUGCCUCUUGCCCGCGGUGAGCUCAGAACUAUACGAACUUGUCAUUUGCUCACAGAGAUAACUCGUGUUACCGGAAGUCUAGACGCUACUUCUACAAUAUAGAAUUGGACCUGUUCGAUGGAAACAAGUCUUGUUGCGAGUACCAAACACAAAAAUACCCAAUGACUCACAUGUAAAAUAUUGUGGAAACAUGGGUUACAGACAUACUUGUCACUUCUGCUGCACACAUAUAGCUGUCAACAUCCACUUCAAG